AUGGACCCACAGAACCGCACAACACCCACUGAAUUCAUUCUUUGGGGAGUCACAAGGCGGCCGGAGUUGCAGCUCCCCCUUUUUGGGGUCUUCUUCAUCAUCUACAUAGUCACAGUGGUGGGAAACUUGGGCAUGAUCAUUCUAACCAAGCUGGACUCCCACUUACACACACCUAUGUACUUUUUCAUCAGACACCUGGCUUACAUCGAUCUUGGCAAUUCCACUGUCAUCUGCCCAAAGAUGUUGGUGAAUUUUGUGGUGGAUCAAAAUACCAUUUCCUAUUAUGCCUGUGCCACACAGCUGGCUUUCUUCCUGCUGUUUAUUAUCAGUGAAUUUUUCAUCUUGUCUUCCAUGGCUUAUGACCGCUAUGUGGCCAUCUGUAACCCUCUGCUCUACAGUGUCAUCAUGUCUCCGAGGCUCUGUUGUGUGCUGGCGGGCAUGUCAUAUCUGUACAGUACGUUUCAAGCUCUGUUGUUUACUAUUAAGAUUUUUACCUUGACUUUCUGUGGCUCUAAUGUCAUCAGUCAUUUCUACUGUGAUGAUGUUCCUCUAUUACCUAUGUUGUGCUCAAAUGUCAGGGAAAUACAAUUCUUGAUCAUAGCAUUUUCAUCAUUUAACUUGAUCUCCUCCCUCCUCAUAGUCCUAGUAUCUUACAUUCUGAUUCUGUUGGCUGUAAGUAGAAUGAAUUCUGCAGAAGGGAGGAAAAAAGCUUUCUCCACGUGUGGUUCUCAUCUAACAGUGGUGUUUGUGUUUUAUGGGACUCUGUUCUUCAUGUACUUACAACCCAAAUCAACUGACUCUUUUGAAACUGAUAAAGUAGCCUCUGUGUUUUACACGUUGGUCAUCCCAAUGCUUAACCCUUUGAUCUACAGCUUAAGGAACAAAGAGGUUAAAAAUGCCUUCCACAGGGUCUUUAAGAUUCUGUGUAAUUUGCAUAUUUAA